CUCUGUUUUAUAAUUAUUUAGUCUGAAAAUUGUUGCCGAGUGAAAUAUAUUAAAUUUCCAACCACUCGCAAACUGCUGUACCUGCGACAAUAAGCAAUGUGGAAAUCAUUAGUUAUAUUUGCACUUGGAGUAACAAUCACAAAUUCAAUAAGUCCGAUAAAUGAAUUUAGUGUAAAUGCAUUACCGUCGCCAGACAUACGACAACAGGAGCUCACAUAUCGUUUACCGACGAACGUACGACCAUUAAAAUAUUCACUCAACAUUCACAUCGAUGUGGAAAAUGAAGUUUUCAAUGGGAAUGUGACAAUUAACCUUGAAGUCAUCCAGCCAACAACAUCGAUACAUUUGAAUUACAAAGAUAUAUCUGUUGAUUGGAUUAAUGCCCGACUAGCAUUGGAUGCAUCUGCAGAAACAUUUCAAGUGAUUAACGAAACCGAUCGACCAAUUGAACAAAUUUACGAGCUACAUUUCCAGCAAAGUUUAAAUGUGGGUUCGUACACAUUACAAUUGCAAUUUGAAGGACUUAUUAGACAUGACUUGACCGGAUUGUACAAGAGUUCAUACGCCUUUACUAAUGAGAGUUUGACUGAAACUAGGUAUUUAGCCGCAACUCACCUUGAACCAACUUAUGCUCGUUCAGUAUUUCCAUGCUUUGAUGAGCCUGCUUUGAAGGCAAAGUUCGCUGUGAACAUCUAUCACAAUGAAAAAUACCGAGCAAUGUCUAAUAUGCCUAGAGAGGGUGAACCAGAACUGAUUCCCGGAACAGAUAACGUCUAUAAAACCUCUUUCAUGGAAACGCCAGUGAUCAUGUCCACCUAUCUUUUGGCGUUUGUUGUUGCUGAAGAAUAUGAGUUUUAUACUGAAUCACCAGGGAUGUUAAGUAUCGCUGCAUCGUCCCACGACAUACAUCGUGUCAAAUUCGCUCAAAACUUCGGCGUAAAAUCUAUCGAAUGGUUUGAGGAUUGGCUGGAUAAAGACUACCAAUUGCCAAAGCUAGACAUGGUUAACAUUCCGGACUUUCUCUUCGGAGCAAUGGAAAAUUGGGGUCUAAUUUUGUACAGAGACCCUUACCUCUUUCGCGAUGAAGAUGAUAUCCUAGGAAUACCAGUUCGAAGUCAACAGUCUGGUGCAUUGCUUAUUACUCAUGAACUGGCUCACAUGUGGUUCGGUAACGAAGUCACUCCGGAGUUUUGGACUUAUAUCUGGCUGAGUGAAGGAUUCGCCAGGUUCUUCGAGUAUUAUGUGUCGGACAUUCUUCUGCCCAGCUGGCACCUGAUGGAUCAGUUUUUAGUCACGAAUUUUCAAUCCGCACUUUCCCAAGACGAUAAGAUUUCGGUUAGAGCAAUGACGACUGAUGUGGUUGAACCGGAUGUGAUAAAUAAUAUGUUUAACUACAUCGUCUACGCUAAGUCUGCCUGCGUCAUACGUAUGUUUCAGCAUGUAACGGGAAUCGAUGUAUUCCAAACAGCUCUGAGAAGCUACCUGGCUGAUCGUUCUUUUAGCACAGCCAACCCCGAUUAUCUUUUCAAUCAUUUCCAAAAUGCAAUUGGUAACGCUGGACUAUCUCUUCCUAACACCAUCAAGAACUUGUUCGAAACGUGGUCCAAUCAUCCAGGAUAUCAGCUUGUUAAAGUAACUAGAAACACAGAAAGCCAGACCGUACUUUUCGAGCAAUCUCGAUUCUUCGUUAAUCCGUCUGAAGCACAAGGUCAAUCUUACCCUGAACGAUGGAUUCCAAUCAACUUCGCUACAUCUAAUAACCGAAAUUUCGAUCGAACAACACCAGACCUAUGGCUUAGUCCUGGUGCAACGGCACAAUCACGAACAUUUGAUGGACUGGAUAAUAACGAUUGGAUAGUCGUGAACAAGCAAAACACUGGUUACUAUCGCGUGCAGUACGAUCAACAUAAUUAUGAUUUGCUUCUAGCUGAAGUGAACAGCGAUGGUUGGAAGAACAUCCACGUUUCGAAUCGGGCUCAGUUGCUCGAUGACGCAAUCAAUUUGGCUAAGGCUCGUCACAUAGACAUAAGUAUUGCAUUUGGAUUCUUAAAUUCGCUACGACGUGAAAUCGAUCUUCCUGAGGCUUAUGCGCCAUGGGCAACAGCUCACAAUGCUAUCACAUAUCUGAAUGGAUAUUUGAAAGGGCACAAGGAUUACAAUCUCUUCCAAGCUUUUGUAGCUAGCAUCAGCAGUGAAGCCUAUUCAAACGUUCAAGUGAACACAGUAGAAACUCGUCAUUUGCAUCGCAUACAUCGGCUGAGUGCGGCCAGAUGGGCAUGCUUGAUGGGAGUGCAAGAAUGUGUAAAUGAUGUUGAAGAAAUUGUGGAUGGAAUGCUCGACGGUUCGUUCGAAAUAAUCGACGAAAUCAAAGACUUUGUAUAUUGCACUGCAGUGAGAUAUUCUGAUCGACUGACUACAGCAUUGGGCACGCAUCUGCUGACCUUAUUCAUUUCGACCAAUAAAAGGGAUGAUCAGGAAAUUAAUCGCAUAGUUUCAGGUCUGGCAUGCUCUAACGAUGCUGGAAUCAUUGAGGGCUAUCUUCAGUUGAUAAUAACUUCAAAUCCACUGGUACCGGUUACUGCACAAGAUCGUCAAAUUGUCUUUAGAGCAAUAGCGGGUGCAAGUGGUUUAGGACUAGAUUCGGCCUUACAUUUUCUGACGAACAAUUUCUUGGCAGUGCGAAACAGCUUAGGAGCUGAUAGUUUAGAGAGUAUUUUCAAUUAUCUCGGUCCAUUGAUGACUUCGGAAGACCAUGUCAACCAUGUAAAUGAUAUUAUUGAAAAUUUUGCAACUUUCCUGACCUCCGCCCAAAGGAACGCUGCCGUUGCAGCAGUGAAUCGUGCUAGAGAAAAUAUCGAAUGGCUGGCAUAUCACGGUGACAGCAUUUCUCAAUGGUUAACAGCUAGCGAUGUUGGUGGAAGUGCUAAAAGCAUUGUGGUCGAUUCAAUUCUUGUGCUCUUUGCUGUAGCAUCUUCGCUGAGAUUACUACUUGCGAGGUGCUUAGAAGAAACAAGUAUGCUGCCGCUGCGGUCUCUCAUUUUAUUGGGAAUAAUCUCCUUAUCCCUUGUAAGUCUUGGGAGUUGUCAAGAUGAAUAUACGAUUAUUCCGAGGGUAGAAGAUUUGCCACCACUCGAAGAUGUGUUCACUACAUUUCGAUUGCCCAAUGCUACACAACCUAACUCGUACGAUGUGACGCUUCGAACAGGGAUUCAUGAGGGAGAUUUUGCAUUUACUGGAAACGUGCAAGUCAACAUAAGCAUUGUCGAUCCAACCAAUACGAUAACGCUACAUCACCGAUAUUUAAACGUUCAAAAUGUUAGAUUAUGGUCGGGAACUGGCAAUACCAGUGUUCCAGUACUUUCUCAUAGUUACAACACAACCUUUGAGUUUUUUACUGUUGCUGUGCAAGAAACACUGGCGCCUGGCGAAACUUAUAUCCUAGAUGUUGACUAUAAUGGAACACUUCGGGCAGAUCAAGCAGGUUUCUAUAGAUCUUCUUAUCUGGCUGACGAUGGAACGAGAAGAUGGCUAGCAACAACCCAAUUCGAGUCAACUGAUGCUCGACAUGCAUUUUUAUGUUACGACGAGCCGAACAAAAAGGCAACUUUUAUCAUCAGAAUCACACAUGACCCGUCCUACUCAGCUAUUUCAAAUAUGCCCGAAGCUUCGGUAACGGAAAAUGAUGACGGAACAGUAACUACGGAAUUCGAGGAAACACCUUUGAUGAGUACGUAUUUGGUGGCAUUUAUCGUAUCGGACUUUGAUCAUCUGGCUGGUGGACCCCGAGACGUUCCUCAACGUACAUUUGCUCGACCCAAUGCUGUCAAUAAUUCCGCGCUCAUGCUAAGCGCCGGCGAACGAAUUAUGGAUGCGUUGGAGGGCUAUUUGGGCGUGAAUUACUCGUUACCCAAGAUGGACCAAGCUGGAAUCCCAGAUUUCGCUGCUGGUGCUAUGGAAAAUUGGGGACUCGUUACCUAUCGAGAGACCAGUUUCUUCUACUUUGAAAAUGUAACCACUUACACGACCGUAUUGGGUUCAGUUAAAGUGGUUGCUCACGAAUACGUACAUCAAUGGUUCGGAAAUCUUGUCAGCCCGGCGUGGUGGACAUAUUUGUGGUUGAAUGAAGGCUUCGCUCGGUUCGUUGAACACAUUGGCGUAAAUUUGGUGUACCCUGACUGGCAAAUGAUUGACUAUUUCUUGGUCCGGACAAUGCAAAAUGUAAUGCAAUCGGACGCUUCAGCAACUUCACGUCCGAUGUCACUUUAUGUGGAACAUCCCAACGACAUUGAACGACAAUUCAGUAAUAUUGCAUACGAUAAAGCUGGAAGUGUUAUACGUAUGUUCAUGAACGUUUUAACGGAAUCUACAUUCAUAAAAGGAUUGAAUUUGUAUCUCAACGAAAUGUCCUUUUCAAAUGCUGUCGAGAACGAUCUCUUUUCCGCACUAAAUACUGCCGCCCGCGAAGAUUCUAGCAUCCCAGCGGAUAUUGACAUUGCUACCACAAUGGGAUCGUGGUCACAACAAGCUGGCUUCCCCGUCGUGACAGUCACUCGAAAUUACACUCAGGGAUCGACCCAAAAUGUUACUCUCUCACAAGAACGCUACUUUACCGUCCAGCCCACUACACCCGACAACACAACGUGGUGGAUUCCCAUCAAUUAUGCCACCGCACAGAAUCCCAAUUUCAAUGACACAAGGGCUGAUGAAUGGUUCCCCCAAAAUCACCAACUGGGAAACUUUACCAUUCAAAUACCAUCGUUGAAUGCAAGUGAUUGGUUGAUUGUUAACAAACAAGAGACGGGUUACUACAGAGUGCUGUAUGACGAACGAAAUUAUGAAUUAAUAUCGGAAGCAUUGGCCAGCAAUAUCGAUGCUUUUCAUAAUUUGAACCGAGCUCAACUGAUUGACGACACUUACAAUUUCGUUCGCACCAAUCGAUUGACUUACGAUACAUUCUUCCAUAUCACAAGAUUUUUGGAAUUCGAACAUGAGUACGCUGCCUGGUAUCCAGCCAUUACCGCAUUCACAACCAUCGAUCGAUACUUCUCGGGCCACGAUAGUUAUCCAAUAUUUAGGAAUUAUGUCCGUACUUUGAUUGAACACCUCUAUGUGUGGGUCGGUGCACGUGAUCAAGGUGAUGAGCCACAUUUGAGAAAGUACGCCCGAACGAUAGCCAUUAACUGGGCAUGCAACAUGGGAUCAUCUCAUUGUCGCGGUGAUGCCGCCCAGGAACUUCGAAAUAUAAUCGCCAGUGGCGAAGAUUUCCAUCAAAACGUACGGGAUGCUCUCUACUGCGCGUCCUUACGCAGUGGUGGUCAAUUCGAUUUUAAUUUCUUGUGGAACCGAACCAUUUAUACGGAAGACGUAACCACUCGAAAUAUUUUGAUCAAUGCUCUGGGAUGCACCACCAGCAGACCACUGUUAACCGAAUACGUCAGAUCAUCGUUGAAUUCAACCAAUACUGGAGCUAUUCCAUAUCGGGCUGGUGAACAGUACAGAGUUUUCACUGCUGUGUUUCAGAAUGGAAUGACUGGGUUAGAAAUCGCCGUCGAUUUCUUACUUGAAAACCUUCAAGAAGCAUACACUACGUACGGUUCUAACAAUUUCGGAAAUACUCUUACUGGACUAGCCCAGCGUAUUGGCAACGAACAGUUAAUUGAACAGUUUGAAUUGUUAUUGACUGCGGCACAAGAGGCGAACCUAGCAUCUGCGACAAUAAUAAACAGAGCGCGAGAGUAUGUGGAAGAAAACUUAAGCUGGCUAGCUGAACAUGGAGAUGUAAUUUCCGAUUGGUUGGAUGAAAACUACUGAUUUCAUGAAACGUUGUACGUCUCAAUGUAAAUAAAUCUAAAAUUAAUUUUGUUUGGCA